UCCAAGAUGACGUCCCCCAAAAACCGAACCAAGAAGAAGCCCCCCAAAGACAGCAUGACGCUGCUGCCAUGUUUUUACUUUGUGGAGCUCCCCAUCGUGCUGUCGUCGUUGGUGUCGCUGUACUUCCUGGAGCUGACCGACGUGUUGACCCCCGCCGUGGUGGGCUUCCGCUGCCACGACCGUCACCUCUCCAUGCCCUACGUGGAGACGGGCGACGAGCUCAUCCCGUUGCUCAUGCUGCUCAGCCUGGCUUUCGCUGGACCUGCCGCAUCGAUCAUGAUGGGGGAGGGCCUCAUGUACUGCAUGCAGUCCAAACUCAAGAGCUGCCCCAAGACGGAGGGCAGUAUUAACGCCGGCGGAUGCAGCUUCAACUCCUUCCUGCGUAGGACUGUGCGCUUCGUGGGUGUUCACGUAUUCGGUCUCCUAGCAACGGCACUGGUGACAGAUGUCAUCCAGCUGGCCACCGGCUACCAUGCCCCCUUCUUCCUUACCGUCUGCCAGCCCAAUUACACGGUGCCGGGCGUGGCCUGCGACAACAACGCCUACGUCACGCAGGACAUCUGCAUGGGCAAAGACCAGUACGCCAUCAUGUCGGCCAGGAAAACAUUCCCAUCCCAGCAUGCAACACUUUCUGGCUUUGCCGCCGUAUACAUUUCUAUGUACUUCAACGCCAGCAUCGGCGCCACCACCAAGUUGCUGAAGCCGUUGCUGGUGUUCGCCUUCUGCAUGGCGGCGGGCCUGGCCGGCCUGACGCAGAUCACCCAGCACCGGAGCCACCCCAUCGACGUCUACGUGGGCUACCUGAUCGGAGCCGGCAUCGGCGUCUACCUGGCCGUGUACGCGGUGGCAAAUUUCAAAGCGUCCGAAGAAGACUCCACGCCUCACCCCAAAAUGUCAGCGGCGGCCCACAAGGACACCCUGAGGGUGCUGAAUCAGCGCAGUCACGACUCCCUCUACAGGAAGACGCCGCGGGUGUCGGAGAGCCGCGAGGAGCUGGCCGUGGCCAUGGGUUCCGGGGCGCGCGGCAAGGUGAGGCGGGAGAAAGCCUCCCUGGCUUCCCUCAAGCGAGCCAGUGCCGAUGUGGAGCUCCUGGCCACCCGCGGGCCCAUGGGCAAGGAGACCAUGGUGACGUUCAGCAACACUCUGCCCCGGGUGGCCAACGGAAGCAGCCCCAUCUCGCCCUCCGACGAGCCGCCCUCCUCGCAACGCCAUAUGACCUUCCACGUACCCCUGGACCCCCAAAGAUCCCGACAGCUGGUGUCGGAGUGGAAGCAGCGCUCUCUGGAGCUGAGGAGUCAAAGCUCCCGGGAUGAAGAUGAGGGCGAGGACGGGGCUGAAGAGGCAGAUGCCAAAGAUGAGGGUGGCGACCAGGGGGUGCCGUCUUCCCUCUACCCUAAAGUGCAAGCCAGCAAAGGCACGGGCACGCCCACCGGGGUCAGAAUGGUUGUGUCUCCUCCGCUGGUCCACAUCCCAGAGGAAGCCACGCGUCCACCGCCCGUCUCCCCCAAAAGCGCCAAGACCCGCGCCAAGUGGCUGUCGCUCACCGAGGCAGAGAGAAGUGCCGCAAAGGAGCCCAGCGUGGGGCCCAUUGCAGUGUCCACGCCCAGGGUGCCCAACACUCACCCUGCUCAGCCAAGAGUCACUCAGGUGAUGGCCAUGUCCAAACAGCAGAACCACGGAGGCGGUCCCCUAGAAGGGGGCGGCUCUUCUUCUGGCGGUGGCUCCAACUGCUCCGAGUCACCCUACUACCGGAUCCCUUCCGACCGGGACAGCUGCAUGGGCAGCAACCCGGGGAGCAUCGCUGGCAGCGGCAGCAUCGUCACCAUCGACGCCCACGCCCCCCACCACCCGGUGGUGCGGGUGACGGCCUCCAACGGGAAGCCGUGGGAAUGGCGGAACACCAUCAGCGGCAACCUGAUGGCCGGUGACGCAGCCGCGUUGGACAAGCACCGAGGUGUGCUGCGAGGGCAGGACAGCGCCCCAUUGUACCGCGACUACCGGACGCUCCCGGUCAAAAAGGAGUCGCUGGAAACUCCGGAGCUCCCGCCCCCGCCGCACCACUCCCCCUCUCUGCCUCCCCCACCCCAGCUGUCGUCACCCCAUCUCCCGCCGCCGCCCCCUCACACAUCCCUCCUGUCUCACCCGCCUUCUCAGGUGUCCCCGCAGCCCUCAUCCUCCCCCUUACCCCCUCCUCCACUCCCGGCCUCCUCCAUGCCGCCGCCUCCCCCUCCCCACCCCAUGUGCUCGGCCAUGCUCCCCCCACCGCCGCACCCCGACCUGCUGGUGGACGACCACAUGCUGUCCCGCUCCUCCACGUUGCCCCGCCGACCCUCCGUGUCAGCUCGUAGUCACGCUGAGCAGGAGCACUACUACAAGGCCCUGCAGAACGAGCGGAUGCUAUAGUGCAGCGGCCCCGAACCUGUUUUGCGUGUCACGUCAAGAAAUAUUUGGACAGAUCGGCAUGAAAACUACAACCAAUUAGCCGGUUCCAUCUUAAUAUAAUGACACUGCGUGUGUUACUUAUAUCUUCAGCAUUGCAGAAAAUCACAAUUCAUAAAGGUUAGGGUACAGGAUUAGGGUUAUCUUCUAUUUUCGUUUUUCCAAUCAGCCCGGUACCAAAUGGUUGGGGACCGCUGCUACUUUGGACAGCCCAUCUUUCAAAGACUCCGAAAAGAACACAUUGGAUCGUGAAGGGUGUUGACAAAUUUUUUAAAGGACUUCCAUUCCAGGAUGGCAUCUUCAAUCUAAAUCCGCGGCAACACUUCAACUAAACCUAUCCGAUGUUAUUCCGUCUAUCAGCUGUCGGGAGAAGAGAAAGCAGAUCAAACACAAGAAUUCCCGCCCGGUCGCCGCCAGGGAGGGAAAAGCGUCUGCAGCUGAAGAAGGAGAUAGCACACCAAAAGGCCUCAGAUUUGCUCAAUCUGCUUUCCUCCGAGAGGGCGACGAAGGACGAGGAAAACAAAACAACCGCGGGCGACGCCAGCCUUCCUAAAGAUGACUGCAGCUGCUUGCCGGCUGCCGGCUUUUGUUUACUCCACUAACGACUUUUUGCUGUGGAUCUUUUAACUUCCGAGCCCGAAUCCUUCUGGGGAAUCAUCUCACUCAAACAAUGACGUUUGAUCCGUGGAAGGAAGAAAGCUGCGCCCCAUCCAGGUGUCCCGGAACGGCUUGUUCACUGGAUGCAGCCGACUAGCUUCGACUCCAGUCUUUGAGACUUUCAGGGAUGCGUUCAGACUUCAUGAUUGGUUCAGACAGAACAAUCCCUAACCUUCAAAACCUUAACCGUAGAUGCUACCCUAAACAUGACCCAAUCCUAAACCGUGAAUCCUAACCUGAACACUUGACUCUAAUCCUUAAAACCGUCCCAUAAACGCAAACCAGUUCUCAUCAUCCAAUAGCAAACCAUACUUCCCAAUCCUGAUCUCCUAACCUUAACCUUAAACCUAAACUCCAGAACUUCACAUGUGAGCACAACGUCAGUCAACACGCUUAUUGUGACAAGCGUCAUUCAGGUCUCUGGACUUUAUUGAUCAGGGGCAAAUAGUCUGGAUAAAUCCAGUUCAUUGGGUAUUUGUCCAGAUGCCAAACUCAUCACACCAAACAUCUGACUUCUUUUUUAGGACAUCAAAAUUUGACCAUUGUAGCUAUACCAUAAAACCAUCAGCAUUAUCUAUACGCUGCUUUGGUUGGAAAGAAGUGCUAAAAAAAACCACAAUGUAAAGCCAAAUGAAUGCAAACUAAAGUGAAAAUCAGAAAGUGGAAAUCAUUUACAUUAUUUGUUUAAAAUAAAUAUUACCUGUACAUUGCGCUAAUUUAUCAUCUUGAAAAUAAUGAUGCCGCUCAACGUCCAUUCUUUGCGUUUCAACUUUGUUGUAUGGAAUUAACUUUUUAGUGCGAGUUGUUACAUCCAACAUCUGUCAAUAAGUGCUUUAUAUUUUUGGAUAUUUUCAUGAACACGGACACAAAACAUUUUUUUAACAAUUCCCUGACGCUAUUUUGUACAAACGGGUACGAAUGGAAUGCAUUUUGUGUGGCGCUACACGCGAGCCUCCUUUCACCAGAAUUUUCUUUGUGGGAUUUUGCACAAAAAUUGCACAUAGCAGAAAACAAAACAAAAUUUGGCCAUUUAUUUAUUAUUUUUUUGCAAUUAAAUUAUUUGUAAGAAAUUAAUAGAACUUAGUCCCAAAUUCCUUAAGACAUCAUGUAACAAUAUAGAUUUAAAAAUCAAUUUAGCAUUUUGUUGUGUUAAGCUUACCUUUGUGUACAAUUUCCUACUAAAUUCUGGUGCGAGUGCCCCACUAUUGCAUAGUGUGUGCGUGCGUGUGUGUGUGUGUGUGUGUCACGCUUACCUUAUUUAACAAGCCAUUGCUGCAUUUUUUAGUGCUUUUGAGUAUCAUAUGGGCCAUUUUUAAGUGUUUUAAAAAAAAAAAAAACUACUUCCUUCAUAUUAUUAUGACUGCUGUUCUU